AUGGAUGAUCCCAACCGCCGUCGGAGGCAGAAUGAAGCGCCCAUGCAUCCCACCUCCAACCCAAGAUACAACGUUCAAGACCCUUUGCAGCAGCGCCGCACAAUGGCCACAGGCUCGACGGAGCGAUAUAACCGGCCGGCGCCGCUCAACACCUCGCCUUCGCAAGGGCGGGGUAGCAUGGGAAGCACGGGUAGCUACAGCACGUACAACUAUCAGGAACCGGUAGCAGGCUCUUUUAACGCGCCCAUGGCGACCAACACGAUGCACUACCCUUCGGGAUAUGGCCAGGACGGCCGCCCGGCGCAGAACUUUGGCGGAUACAACGCGGCCAUGACCAUGGGCUACGACAACCUGGCAGGCGCGACGGGCUCCGUCUACGAUAACCAGGCACAGUUCCAGCGGCAGCCUGCAGCUGCUCCCAUCCUGCCAACAGACGUGUCGACGUCGUAUUUCUCCAACGAUCCGAGCAGUAGUACGGGAACCUCCAACAUUCCCCAUGCGCAACCUGCCAGCGCCACGGCGACGGCAUACCAACAGCCGCAAAUGGCUAACUACCAGGCCAACAUUUCCAACGUGGGCGGGAUGCCACAGCAGACAGCGAGUGCCGACGUAUCUAUGGAAGAGCAGGAUUACUCUGCCACGGGUGGCUUGGAGGAGAAAUGGAUGGAAUACCAGUCGGCGCUGCGAGGUGUCUUCCAGAAUGUCCGUAAUGGCGUGUUGGAGAGCGCUAGCCAGUCGCUUCUGGAUGUGUCGAACUGGCUGCUCACGCAAGUUGUCGAUCUCGGACUCAACCUUGACGACCAAAACCUUCACGGUGACCGGAUCAAGCUCUGGAACGACUUCAACCACGCAUGGCUCGCGCUUUUCCAGAUGCAGAAGGACAUGAUGGAGCCAGGGAGACAGUUGCAACGAUCGCAAACCUUGAUCACCAAAGAAGGCUUGGAAAAGAUGGGCAAAGAGCUGGUUCGGCUUUGCGACGGUAUCGAGCGCCACGGCCUCGUCGAUUACCAGUAUGGUGUUUGGGAGCAACAGAUCAUCGAGAUACUUGAGGCUUGCAUCGAUCAAUAUGAAGCAAACGAAGAAUCCAGCGGCAACAGCGGUACAGCCCAAACAGGUUCUGGCUCUCACCAAGGGAGUCGAUGA